GUGGCAUCUCAUUACAGGGAACAAUUGCAUCGAAGCGACAGCGUGGUUCGAUUUGUCGCCGGGUUUCGGCGGGCCCUCGGGCUUGCAGUGCUUGUUUUUCUGGGAUUUGCAGGUGUUGUUUUUUCUGGUUGAGAUCAUGUCGGCACCACCACAACAGCCGAUGGAUCUUCAGGUGAUUGCUCAGAUGCUGGAGCAAAUCGCCAAGAGCCAGGCCGAUCAGCAGGGCCAGAUCAAUCACCUUGGUGCUGCUGUCACAGCUUCUGGACAGGUUGUUCAAGGAACUCAGCAGACUACAGAGCAAGUGGUUACAGAAGUUGUGCAACAAGUGCAGCAGGCCUUUCAAGCUGGAAAUCAGGCCCAUCAAGACCAAUUGACCCAAUUCGCACAAGGUUUUCAGACAGAGCAGCAGUCUCAACAACAGCAGAUCCAGCAGAUUGCGCAGGCGAUCAGCGGGCUUCAGCAACAGGUGCAGAAUGUGUCCAAUGCGACUGCUGCAGCUAUGGGUUCAGGCGGAGUGCAAGGUGUGGCGUCACCACCAGGGUCACCACCACAUCCCCCACCAGGAGGUGGUGCUGGAGUUGUGGGGUCGCCUCAAGUCCCUGGAACAGGACAACAAGUUCCAGCUCAAGAUGGCGGUCUUCCACAUCAAGGUGCAUCAAGUGCCGGCGUGCCUCCAAUGCCGGGUGGUCCUCCAUUGACAGGAGGUGGUGGUGGACCUUCGAUCUACAAUAUGAACGGCGGUGUGGGCUUUCAGAAUGCCGCCGGAAGUGCAAUGAGUCCAGCAGUAGCAUAUGCAAUGCAACAGGGUGGUGUGGACAACAGGGCUCUUGGGAAACCACCAGCCUAUGAUCCCUCGAGCACAAAAGUUUCCUUUCAGGAUUGGUCAGAUCAUGUGAUCACAGUUUGUGAUGGAGCUAUGCCUGGAAUCUUCGAGGUGAUGGAAUGGGUGGUCAACACUCAGCCUCGGCACAAUUUGGAUGCUGGGGUUUUGAAGGUCACCUUUCCUGGAAUCGAUGGGCUGCUCAUUGACUAUGCUGAGUCGAAUGUCUAUGCCAUCCUAAGCACAUACACCACUGGGGAGGCGAGGAGCCUUGUCAGACAAGCUCGUCGUCCUCAUGGAAUGGAAGCUUGGAGACUUCUUCAGAUGCGUUUCAACCCAGUUACACUUGGCAGACAGCGUGCGCACCUCAUCAAAAUCACCAACUCGACGGAGAAUGUGCCCUUGGAGAAACUUGGAGCUGAGAUUGUUUCCUGGGAAAAUCGCAUCUGUGACUUUGAGACUGAGAGCAGACCGCCGUCGGACAAAGUUGCAGACAGUGUGAAGAUGGCUGUGCUCACCGCGAUGUGCCCGAAUCGACUGAGGGAGCACGUGCAGUUGAACGCAUCGAGGUUCACCUCGUACUAUGACUUGCGGGAGGUCUUCAGCUUUUUGGAUCACGUGAUGUCAGCAGCUGUGGCACCUAUGGACAUCGGUGCCCUCAAUGUUCAAGGCUGUUGGGAAUGUGGUUCAACACAACACUAUGCCAAAGAUUGCCCCCAGAAGAGCGAAGGCAAAAAGGGCAAGUCGAAGGGUGGCAAGAAUUCCGGCAAAGGCAAAUCUGGCAAAGAUGCGGGGAAGAAAGGAAAAGGCAAAGACUUCAACAAGGGCAAGGGCAAGAACUAUGGCGGCUAUGAUGGCAAAGGUGGAAAAGGCAAGAAGGGCCAGGAGUUCAAGUCGCUCAACUCAGUGGCAGAUCCGAGGCUGGGGCAAUUGCAGUCAGCCUAUGCAAAGGCUGCGAUGGAAGCCUACAACAGAGAGCGAAGCACUCCAGCAGUGGUGCCAGCGAUUGCUCCACCGCUUCCAGCGGGCUCUGGUUCUUCGAGUUCAGGGGCUGUGGUUCCAUCUCAGCCCAAGUUUGUUUGCUAUCAGCCGCAGGAUGACCAACAAUACUUUGUGGCUGCGAAUGGGGAUCUUGUUCCAGAGCUCUACAAGGUGCAUCCUGUGAUUGCUACGGAAGAGGGUUUUCUUAGACAGACCCAAUUCAGUGUGGCGAACGUGAACAAGAUCUUGGUCUCAGCAGCUCAGAUUUGCAAUCGUGGCCACAGGAUCAUUUUGGAUCGUCCUGCGCGUUGGUCGUACAUUGAGGAUGGGGACACCGCAGGGAUGAUGAUGCUUGAGCAGAAGGAUGGUGUCUACGUGCAGAAGUUCGCGGCCGUUGUAGCUGUAAGUCCACUGGAAGAGCACACACAGCUCAAUGCAGUUGAUGGUGUUCCAGGCGAUGAUGGUGCAGAUGUUGAUGGAAGUGAGCCGUACGAAGCUACGACUCCUAGAGAUGGUCCAGUCGAUGAUCACCAAGAUGGAGUUAACGAUGAUUUCGAAAUUGGUGUUCCUCGAGAAUUCAUUGAUGAGGAGGAUGACAUUGUUGUGCAUGAAGAGCAUGAAGAUGCAGUGGAGAAAGCGGGGUUGCCAUCACCUUUGCAACCUAUGGCUCAGGAGAUUGAAGAGCACUCCAUUGCCCACGUUCCGUACAGAAGCUGGUGUGAGCACUGUGUUCGAGACAAAGCUAGGACCUCAGCACAUCCUACCAGUGCCGGGCCCAAGUUGGAGGAGAAGAGGGCGACAAUCGCCAUGGAUUACUUCUACUUGGGCAAGCAUGAUGAGGGCAGUUUGCCCAUCCUUGGUGUCGUGGAGGAACUGACGCAGAGAUGUUUUUCGGUGACUCUGCCGAGCAAAGGCUUGGGACAUCAGUACAACCUAGCCAAGUUGGAGAAGUUGGUCAAGGUGCUUGGAGUUCAGUUUGGUGUUGUGAAGAGCGACACUGAAAGAGCUAUGGUGGUACUUCGAGAGGCGGUGCAGGCAAAGUUUCCAAACCUCAGCAGUGAGAAUGCCAUGAAGGGCGAGAGUGCUUCCAAUGGCUUGAUUCGAGGAGCGCGAUGGAAUUUGGAGGAGUUGAAUCAGAUGGUUGGGCUUCCUUGGCAACUGAAGCCGCCAGUUGAGGCUUCGAAGAUAGUUGAAGCUGGUGGUGGAAUCAACUUGGAGGUGGAGUACCAACCGCCAGAAGAGCCGAAGAAUGUGAAGGAGAAGCGCAGAAAGGGCUAUGUGCCUCGGGGUAUCUGCAUUCGUAAAGAUGUAGAGCUCAAGCAGUUCGGCUACACGGAGAACUGCCAUGGUUGCAUUGCAGCAGAGAAGGGUCUUGGACAUCGACAACAUUCAAAUGCCUGCAAAGAGUGGAUUGCUGAGGCUUUGUCCAAGACAGAUGAAGGCCGGCUCAGGCUGGAGUUGAUCAAGAAGCGUGAGGAGGAGUACAUUGUGAAGUACCAGGAGGAGGAAGAGAAAAAGCGCAAGGGAGAACCACUUGCGGAUGCUCCACUGAAAUCCACCAGAGUGGAGGAACCAUCACUUGAGGAUUUGAUCGCAGACAGCGGUCUGGCUGAUGCCCUUGGUCCUGCAGGAGGAGUUGGGCGCCCAUCAGCUGCGGGAAAUCCCGGCGAGCCCAGCACAGCCAUGGAGGAGGCGUUGAGGAGCAGGGGACGUCACUCCCUGCAAUGGACAUCGGUGCACUACGAGUUCUCAGUUUGGGUGAUGGUGGUACAGAGGAAGUCGCCAAGAGUUCAACUUGACUUCCAAAGAGGUGUGAUGGGCUCUGCUGCAGCAUAUGGCGUCACAAAACCAGAAGUUGCUGAACUGUAUUCACCACCAAGAGUCACAGAGUACGGUGCAAGAAAAGGGGUCCUCAGUGGAUUCGCUUUUGACCUCACCACCAAUGAUGAGGACGGCAACCCCUGGGACUUCACCCAAGCGGGGCAGAAGAAAAAGGCUGCAGACAAGAUAGCCCAGAUGGAACCCGAUCUUUUGGUUGGUUCCCCAAUGUGCGGGCCACGUAGCAAUCUUCAACAUCUCAAUGACAAGACCGAGGAAGAUGCAGAGAAGCUUCGGUUGAAAGAGGCUGAAGGUGAGGAACACCUUGAGUUUUGCGUUGAGCAGUAUGUGGAGCAGAUGAAAAGAGGUGGAAUUUUUCUCCAUGAACACCCUCAGACAGCAAGGUCAUGGAAGAAGGGGUGCAUCAAACGAUUGGCUGAACGUGACGAUGUUUUCAUGGUCACUGCCGACCGUUGUCAAUAUGGCUUGAGAAGUCGUGAUCAGUUUGGUGAAGGACUUGCAAGAUGCGGCCAAUGCAACAAAGGAGGAGUGGAAGUUUUCUAUUCCACGUCAUUGCAAAGAAGUUCAAACAAUUUUCUACUAUGUGAAACUGGUUACACUUGGCACCGGCAUGUGCCACUCACUGAUGGCCGAGCGCGCAAUGCGCAAGUUGACCCAGAAGGUCUUGUACGUGCAAUUGUUCAGGGCCUGCUCCGACAUUUGAGGGGCAAAAAGACGUUGUUCUGUGGCGUCAGUGUGGGGCCGGUGAAUCAGGAGAAUGACAUUGAUUUUUCCCUUUUCAAAAAUUCUAAUGAAGAUGACCGGCGGACAUUUGUGGAUGAAGUGAGCGGUAAACCACUGAACACCGCAAUGGUCGAGAAGGCAGGUGAGGAAGAGCUCAGUUUUGCAGAGCGCUACAAUGUUUGGACAUUGGUGCCUACGCAAGAGUGUUGGGACAAUACAGGUGCUGGACCGAUUGGGUCAAGGUGGAUUGACAUCAACAAGGGCGACGACAAAAAUCCGUCCUACAGAUCGAGGCUGGUCAUUCAAGAGGAGAAGUUGAAGGUCAUGUUCAUUGACAUCCGCCGUGCUCACUGGACUGCACGGAUUGAGAGGCUGGUAUACGUCAGACUUCCGGCCGAUGUCUGUGGUGCAGAUCAAUGUGGCCGACCCAACAAGGCCAUGUAUGGUUGCAGGGAUGCGGCUCAAUGGUUACAAUUCAUGGAGAUGACAUCACUUCGCUUGGCACGGAGGAGAACUUUUUUGUGGUUGAAACAGCAAUUGGAGACGAGGUAUGAAUUGAAGUUUGGUGGUCUGCUUGGACCAGAUCGUGGUGACGUGAAAGACGCCAUGAUCCUCAACCGACUGGUGCACUAUGAUGCUGAUUCUGGUGAAACGACUUACGAGUCGGAUCCUCGCCAUGUGCAGAUCCUCCUGAGCGAGUUGAAUUUGAAGGAGGCCAAAGACUGA